AGCAGCAGCUGCUCCACAGUCUCUCUACGCAGGGAGGCAAAGCGGCAGCAUGGCCGCUCACAACCAACCCUCGCAGCACUUCAACAGAGGAAGAAACCAAUUUCUUUGAAUUUCUUUCUGCUUAAAACACACACAAAAAAAGGAAAGAAAACAGCUUCGGGAGACUACUUCUACCGUCGGCGACAAUUCGUCUUUAUCCGCGGCGGCUGUUUUCGGCGGCGGCGGCACUUCUCCAGCCUGGUUCGCCUGUCAAACAUUGCGUGCUCACAUCGACGCUAAGCUAGCUCAGCUGCUAGCUUGGCCGGUUUGUGUCGUACGGAGCUGGAGCGUAGGUGAUGUUGUCCGUGCUGUCUUACGGUAGACUUGUUGCCAGAGCUGUCAUCGGUGGGCUUUCUCAGACAGACGGCCGCGACUACAGCCUGGUGACGGCGAGCUGCGGCUUCGGCAAAGACUUCCGCAGAGGCAUCCUGAAGAAAGGGAUGUGUUAUGGGGACGACGCGUGCUUCAUCGCCCGGCACAGGUCCGCCGAUGUUUUGGGUGUAGCGGAUGGAGUUGGUGGCUGGAGAGACUACGGUGUGGACCCGUCGCAGUUUUCCAGUACGCUGAUGAAGACGUGCGAGAGGCUGGUGAAGGAAGGACGCUUUGUCCCCAGCAGCCCGGUGGGAGUCCUUACGACCAGCUACUACGAGCUACUACAGAACAAAGUGCCUCUACUGGGUAGCAGCACCGCCUGCAUUGUGGUGUUGGACAGGCAGAGUCACCAGCUGCACACAGCCAACCUGGGAGACUCGGGUUUCCUGGUGGUCCGGGGCGGGGAGGUGGUCCACCGCUCAGACGAACAGCAGCACUACUUUAACACACCCUUCCAGCUGUCCAUCGCUCCUCCCGGCGCGGAGGGAGCCGUGCUCAGCGACAGCCCAGAAUCUGCUGACAGCUCCUCCUUUGACGUGCAGCUGGGUGACAUAAUCCUCACCGCCACCGAUGGGCUGUUCGACAACAUGCCUGAUUAUAUGAUCCUCCAAGAGCUGAAAAAACUGAAGAACUCAAACUAUGAGAGCAUUCAGCAGACCGCCCGCAGCAUCGCAGAGCAAGCUCAUGUACUGGCAUAUGACCCCAACUACAUGUCACCUUUUGCACAGUUUGCAUGCGACAACGGACUGAAUGUCAGAGGAGGGAAGCCAGACGACAUCACAGUACUGUUGUCCAUCGUGGCAGAAUACACGGACUAGAACCUGCUUGCUAAUCUGCCUCUGGAAGUAAUGAACUGCUUCAAUUCCUGCUGGCCAGGAUGUAGGUUUGACAUCUGAUGCUUCCUCCACAUCUACAGGAUCCACUCUGCUGAAGAACCGCCCCAACGCCCUUUUUGUUCUCCCUACUGCCAGCGAGAGGUCAAAAUAUGCAAACGAGAGGCCUAAAACACACUUCUGUCUCAGUUGGACUUUUGGCAUCUUUGUAGUUUUCCACUGCUCACUUGCUAAUCCCAUUGCCAAGGAUCAGUAGUCAUUGGUUGGAGAUGAAGCAUCCAGUUUGAGGUCAAGUCCCUCUCUUUCCUGAUGGGAGGCUGGGGUGAGGAGAAAGUCGAGGCCCGAGUCUCCAUAAGGGAAUAAAAUGUUCUUAGGCGUACAGAAGAGACUGGCUGCUUUAGGGCUCAAUAACCAAGCUUCAGUUUGUAGAUGUUUCAAGACCUUCAAGGAAAGUUUUGGAGUGUUUUCCAGGAGCAUGGAGCAAAAGUUAAACAAGACGGUGUGUUCAGAGUCUACCAAAAAAAAAAGAAAAAAAGACCAGCUAAUGUGACGAUGGCACACCUGUCGGCAGGCUUGUCUUUAAAGAUUUUACAUCGACGAGCGGCAGCUGCCUUUUUCUUACUGGUGCGAUUGGAGUCCAGCGCAUGUUUUGUUACUGAGCGGGACGGAGUAUUUACAGUCGGAAAGCCUCUUCGGAUGUAUGCGACGCACAUUAUUUAUCAAACCGAUAUUCUCCCUUUAAUCUUAGAGCUGCUGGUGAAGUUUUGACAGUAAUUUUGUGUGAAGCGUGUAUGGAUGCGAGUGUGACGAAUGACUGGUGUUGAGUUGGAUGUCAAGGCGCUGGACUGACUCCACAUCCACUGGACUUAAUGGGUCUGGCAGCCUUAAACGCACACAGCUAAAAAAAGAAAGAAAAGCUGAAGUUGGUCAGGUGACCAAAACGUAUUUUUGUAACUUUGUUCGGUGUGAUUGUUCGCUGCGUCAGGGUAGCUUAAGCUGUCGUUCAGUUUCCCCCUCCUCCCUUCUGCUGUAGGAUUUAAUAGUGAUGGUCGUCGUGUUUCCAUUACACCACAAAGAUUUGCACUAGGUGUGUUUCUGCGACUUUCUACCUACACUUAGUAAGAUGUCACUGUAAGGUUGAGAUGUUAUUAUGACGUGCCUUGUAUCAGGAGAUGUUGAUACUGGCAGACAUGUCCUCUGUUAGUCACCCAACUGAGCACAGAGCCCUAAAACUGUAAAGUAGCCAUAGAGAUGAAACAGCUCUGCUGUCUAAAGAUAUUCUUUUUUGUUUUGUUUCCUUAAAAUCGACGACUGUGUUUAGGUCAGGACGUUGGGACUAGUGGUGAUCCCUGCUUCAGAAAACCGUCCCUGUGAAUUUCUUUGUCAUUGUUUACAAUCUGCACUAAUGAAACAAAUUUUUUUCUAUUUCUCCUCCCCAUACACUGGGGCUGACGAUAAGGGCUGCAGAAUCGGGUGUAUUAAGAUGACGACAGAGGUGGAUCCAAGUGUGAAAGUAUAAAUGUUGGACAAUCUCAGCAGCAUCGGCUCAAGCUGUUCAGUUCUCCCAGUCAUCUGGCUCAUGACUCACACCUGCACCAUCGCUUUUCCUCUUAGUCUCAUCUUUCAAACACACUUGGGCGACCGGAGCGUGUAUAUACGGCAUACAGUUAAAUGCAGAUCUGAGUUCUGUGUGGAAAAUUUGAAAUCUGUAAAAUAUUUAAAUAAAGAUGAUAUUUAUUUA